UUUUAUGAGAAGAAGGGAUCGUUGGUCGAAGCUUCUCGUAAGCGCGUUUUAUGACUGCCUUUCUUCUCAUAUUUGAAUUCUCUUUUGUUAGUUUCAUAUAGGCGAAAACCCGCAUGAAGAACAGAACAAAAACAAAACCAACAAAAAAAUCAUGGCUUGCUAUGUCCCCUUCAACGGCAAAAAUUUCGACUUAAGUUUUUUCGUCUUCAAGCCAACAGUUGUUAUCGUCGAAAAUCUUGUUCAUGGUCUCAAGCAGUUCUCCUCACAAACUGAAAGCCUCGGUUGUUUGCAAAGUUCUAUAUUCAGAAGCAUCCAUGGAAACCUCAUCAUAUGGUAUGGAGCAUGGCAGAAGCGGUCUAGCAAAAAGAAAGAGCAAUUGACGGAAACUCUUUUAUCAAUGCUAAAAUGUGUAUCAGGCAUGGGAGUGUUAGUAGAACAUAGCUUCCUUGAUUCCUAUGCUGGUGAAUCAAGAGAUGGUUCCUCUGCUGCAAAAUUAUGCAGUGGUGAUAUAAUCUCCAUGAACUCAGCAUCCACCACCAGCAAGGACCUGAGUGACUUGUGCUAUGCCGUGCUAGCGCUCUUCCGGUCGCGGUUUGCAAAAAUAGAAGGCAUAGCUUCAGGGCUAUGUUUGAGAGGCCAAAGCAUGCCCAGAGUUAUAUGCAUUCAUGUGUGGAAAUCUCUCCAGUUUUACUACUCUUGGAUUCUCAACUUUGAUCACAGAAAAUGGAUGCUUCCUUACCUUGAACGUUUCUCUACUUUUGAUAUAAAAUAUGAUGUUUAUAGAGUUGUUUAUGUCAGUGGUGACAUUAAUGGUGCCGAUCUUCAAGGUUCGCCUUCUUCUUCUUCUCAACAUCAUCAGAUGUUAGAGAAUAAUGCAGAAGGAAGCUUCACUGACAAGAAUACCAGACUUGAUGCUAAGACUUGUUGAACUUCCAGCCUUCUUAUAUGCUGCUUCUCUGAUCUGCCUUGUAAAUGAUGUAUAUCAGUUUUGUACUCUCUUGAGAAUAUUAUGAAUAUUUAUAUUAAAGUCAAUCACGCCUACUUUUUUGAAUAAAAGAAAUAAAAAAUUAACUUGGGCAUAA